AAGGUGUUGGUGUGCAAUCAAGCUCUUCACUUUGUGCUGAGCUUCACACAGCUGCCUCAGCCUCCAGGCCGCGUCCCAGCACCUCCAGGAAACAUGGCCUACAGCGGAACAUGGCAGGUCUAUUCUCAGGAGAACUACGAGGAGUUUCUCAGGGCCAUGGAACUCUCAGAAGAUGUCAUCAAGAUGGCCAAGGACAUCAAGCCAAUUACUGAGAUAAAGCAGACUGGCAAUGAUUUUGUUGUUACGACCAAGACCCCUGGAAAAUCCAUAACCAACUCCUUCACUCUUGGCAAGGAGGCUGAAAUCACCACCAUGGACGGCAGAACGCUUAAGUGCACUGUCAAUUUGGAGGGUGGAAAACUGGUCUGCAAAACAGGCAAGAUCUGUCACGUCCAAGAGCUCAAGGGAGGAGAGCUGAUUGAGACUUUGACCACAGGCUCAACAACUCUCACUAGGAAGAGCAAAAAGAUUUAACCUCAGCAGUGAAGAAACUAUUGUCUAUUUAAAUAAAAGUCUUAAUUAAUAACUGUU